CAGGGUUCUGGUCCAAAUCCUGCACUGCGCAGAUGCGACACUCGCGGAAAACUGAAGACUCCGUCCGGUUUCCCGCUUCUCCUUCUUACCCACCCUCUCUCCCCUCAUUUUUAUCGACCCGUCUCUAUUCUCCGUCUCACCUUUUCUUUUCCUUUUCUGUAGAAGCUACAGGCUUCUGUCCGAUCCCUUGGAAAUAUCCAUCUUCCAGAUGAUGAUGGCACGAUACCCGAUUCUCAAUCAGAUCAUAUGCAGAUCAACGGAGAGGAUCGUCGCACGGCAACUGCGUUCAGUGCCCAGAUUCUGAGGACUGGAUCAUCUGAUUCCCGGCGGCAACCAUGUUCGAGGUGCACGUAUUGCAUCUGCUUCGAAAGUAUUUGGGAGAAUAUGUCCAGGGGCUUUCAAUAGAAGCUCUAAGAGUCAGUGUCUGGAAAGGAGAUGUUGUCCUCAAAGACUUGCAGUUGAAGGCAGAAGCGUUAAAUUCUCUAAAUCUUCCCGUUACUGUCAAAGCUGGUUUUGUUGGUACAAUAACCCUGAAGGUUCCUUGGAAAAGUCUAGGUAAAGAACCCGUGAUUGUUCUUAUUGACCGUGUCUUUGUCCUUGCUCAUCCUGCUCCCGAUGGACACUCUCUCAAGGAGGAAGACAGAAAAAAGCUUUUCGAAGCCAAGCUUCAACAAAUUGAGGAGGCAGAAGCUGCAACUCUUGAAGCAAAAUCGAAGAGAUCAAAAUUAGGAAAUCCACCUGGUGGAAAUUCAUGGUUGAGUUCUCUAAUUGGAACUAUCAUUGGCAAUCUUAAAAUCACCAUCAGCAAUGUCCAUAUCAGAUACGAGGAUGCUGUUAGUAAUCCAGGACAUCCCUUUUGUUCUGGAGUUACUUUAGCAAAGCUUGCUGCUGUUACAAUGGAUGAGCUGGGCAAUGAGACCUUUGAUACCAGUGGUGCAUUGGAUAACUUGCGUAAGUCAUUACAACUCCAGAGGCUGGCUGUCUAUCAUGAUUCUGACAGUAAUCCUUGGAAGCUGGAUAAUAAUUGGGAUGACCUGAGUCCCAAGAAAUGGAUAGAGAUAUUUGAAGAUGGAAUCAAUGAAUCAGCAUCUGAUCCUGGAUUGGGUUCAGUUUGGGCUCUGAAUCGUAAAUACUUGGUUUCGCCAAUCAAUGGAGUACUAAAGUAUCAUCGUCUUGGAAAGCAAGAAAGGAAGGACGCCGAGAUACCUUUUGAAAAGGCAUCUCUUGUUCUGAGUGAUGUUUCUUUAACUAUUUCAGAGGCUCAGUAUCAUGAUGGCAUAAAACUUCUCGAAGUCUUUUCAAGAUACAGAACACGUGUUGAUGUCUCUCACUUAAGACCCGUGGUGACAGUUUUGGAGGAUCCAUAUGCAUGGUGGCAUUAUGCUGCUCAGGCUGGUCUCCAACAGAAAAAGAUGUGCUACUUGUUCUCCUGGGUCAAAAUUCGGAAUCUUUGUCAGCUCCGCAGACGCUAUAUUCAACUAUAUGCAACUUCUCUCCAACAGUUGUCUAAAGCAGAAAAUUCUGAAAUUAGACAUAUUGAGAAAGAUCUCGAUUCUAAAGUAAUUCUUUUAUGGAGGUUGCUUGCACAUGCAAAGGUUGAAACUGUAAAAUCAAAGGAGGCAGCUCAACAAAAGAGUCAUAUGAAAAGGAGCUGGUGGUCUUUUGGAUGGCGUACUUCUCAAGAUCCAUUAACCGUGAAUGAUUCUGAGGAAUCACAGUUGGGAGAAGAAAGAUUAACUAAAGAAGAAUGGCAUGCUAUCAAUAAAAUAUUGAGUUACCAGCCUGAUGAGGAAACGACUUUUCUCUCAGGAAAGGAUAUGCAAAAUAUGAUACAGUUCUUGGUAAAUGUCUCUAUCCAGCAGGCUGCUACUAGGAUCAUCAGUAUCAAUCAGACAGAGAUUCUCUGUGGUAGAUUUGAACAGCUUCAAGUCAGCACUAAGUUCUAUCAUAGGAGCACCCAUUGUGAUGUGUCAUUGAGGUUCUAUGGCUUAUCUGCUCCUGAAGGAUCGCUGGCAGAGAGUGUCAGCAGUGAGACAAAGGUGAAUGCGUUAGCUGCUAAUUUUGUACACUCACCAAUUGGAGAUGAUGUGGAUUGGCGGCUUUCAGCAACAAUUGCUCCAUGCCAUGUCACGGUCUUGAUGGAAAGUUAUGAUCGGUUUUUGGAGUUUGUGAAAAGGAGUAAUGCUGUUAGCCCUACUGUUGCUUUGGAGACUGCAACAGCUUUACAGAUGAAGAUAGAAAAGGUGACACGUAGAGCUCAAGAGCAAUUUCAAAUGGUGUUGGAAGAACAAAGAAGCUUUUCACUGGAUAUUGAUUUUGAUGCUCCAAAACUGAUGGUUCCCAUGAAGACAUCUGCAUCCACCACUUGCCAUGGCUAUUUUCUUCUAGACUUUGGUCAUUUCACAUUGCGUACCAAGGAUGGUCAACAUGAUGAACAAAGACAGUGUUUAUAUUCUCGUUUUUAUAUAUCUGGGAGAGACUUGGCUGCUUUUUUUACUGAUGCUGGUCCUGACAAUGGGAAGAACACUGCACUCCCUUCAAUUUUCAAUGGUCAACCCACUAUGCCGAUCUCAGAUGGUGAUAAUUUCUAUUCACUAAUUGAUAGGUGUGGCAUGUCGGUCAUUGUUGACCAGAUCAAAGUGCCUCAUCCGAGCUACCCAUCAACACGUGUUUCUGUUCAAAUUCCUAAUCUUGGCAUUCACUUUUCACCCGAAAGAUAUAGAAGAAUUAUGGAUUUGCUGGCUAUACUAUAUAGCACAGUGGAAAGUGGCAAUCAGACCGCUAACACAGAUCUUCAAACUGGAAUCAUGUCUUGGCAUCCUGCAGAUCUUGCAACCAGUGCUAGAAUUCUUGUAUGGAGGGGACUUGGCAAUUCUAUUGCAGAAUGGCAGCCUUGUUUUCUUGUGCUAUCUGGGUUGUAUCUUUAUGUUUUGGAAUCUGAAGUAUCUCAAAGCUAUCACCGAUGUUUGGGCAUGGCUGGUCGUCAAGUAAUCGAAGUUUCUCCAGCAAGUGUUGGUGGGUCACUGUUUUCUAUCGCCAUGUGUUUCAGGGGUGUGGAUAUUCAGAAGGCUUUGGAGUCCUCUAACACUUUGAUUAUAGAGUUUCAAGACGACGAGGAGAAGGCUAAGUGGCUAAAAGAAUUGAUACAAGCAACAUAUAGAGCUUCUGCUCCUGCUUCUAUAGAUAUACUUGAAGAAUCAAGUGAUAAUGUAUCUGAAUUGAAGGGAUCUCAGGUCCUUAAAUUUGGAACAGUAGACCUUGUCAUUAAUGGUGCCUUGAUAGAAACGAAGCUUCUGAUAUAUGGAAAAACAGGAGAAGGAAAGCCUGAAACUCUUGAAGAGACACUGAUUUUGGAGCUUCUUGUUGGAGGGGGAAAGGUUAACCUCGUUCGUUUCGGAGGUGAUCUGACCGUCAAGAUGAAGCUACACUCCCUGAAAAUUAAAGAUGAGCUUCAAGGUCGUCUGUCUCUGUCUCCCCAAUAUCUAGCCUGUUCAGUGCUGAAGGAUGAUGCAGUUGGUAGUCCUUCUACGUUAGAUGCCAAUGCGAAAGAGUUGCCUAAAAUGUUUUCUGAUGAGGAUGAUACUUUCAAGGAUGCAUUACCAGAUUUCAUGUCCAAUGCUGAUCCGAGCUUUUAUUCACAGAACCUUGAUAUGCUUUAUAAUACAAACCCUGGUCUUUUGGAUGUAGCUGACCACUGUGCUAGUAUUGAUUCCACCGAUGCUUUAUUUUAUGAGAAAGAUCUGCUACAAGGGAAGGGCCUAAACAGUGAGAUAUUUUACGAGGCACCGAACAAUGAUAUAUCUAAUUUUGUGGCUGUUACCUUUCUGACGAGGCAUCCUGGUUCCCCUUUCUAUAACGGUAUUGACACGCAGAUGAGCAUCCGCAUGUCCAAACUGGAAUUCUUUUGCAACCGACCCACUCUAGUUGCUUUAAUUGAAUUUGGUUUCGAUCUGAGUCUGGUGAAUUCAGAAUCAAGCAGUUCCAAUCAAACUAAUGUUCCUGAUGCUGAAUCUUCCCAAAAUGUAGAAAAGACAGAAGACAAUCGCCGUGCCUACGUUAAAGGUUUACUAGGUUAUGGCAAAGGCCGUGUAGUUUUUUAUCUGAACAUGGAUGUUGACAGCGUAUGCAUUUUUCUCAAUAAAGAGGAUGGCUCUCAGCUCGCAAUGCUUGUUCAAGAAAGUUUUCUGUUGGAUCUGAAAGUCCAUCCCGGUUCCCUUUCUAUUGAGGGGAAACUAGGAAAUUUGAGGUUGUGCGAUAUGUCUCUUGGACCAGAUCAUUGUUGGGGUUGGCUUUGUGAUAUUCGCAACCAAGGAAUUGAGUCUCUAAUUAAGUUUACAUUUCGGUCUUACAGUAUUGAUGAUGAUGAUUACGAAGGGCAUGAUUAUAGUUUGUGUGGUCGACUUUCGGCAGUCCGCAUAGUUUUCCUCUACAAGUUUGUUCAAGAGAUAACUGCAUACUUUAUGGAACUUGCCACCCCACACACUGAAGAAGCAAUUAGGUUUGUUGAUAAAGUCGGGGAUUUCGAAUGGCUUAUUCAGAACUGUGAGAUAGAGGGAGCCUCUGCAAUAAAGCUGGACCUGUCUCUGGACACUCCCAUUAUUAUCGUUCCACGGAGCUCUACGAGCAAUGAUUUCAUGCAACUUGAUCUGCAGCAGCUGAGAGUAAGGAACAAUUUUAGUUGGCAUGGCUAUGGAGAAGAAGAUCCUUCUUCUGUUCAUCUUGAUGUUCUUGAUGCCGAGAUACAUGGAAUAAAUAUGGCUGUAGGAGUUAAUGGUCUUAUAGGGAAGCCAAUGAUACGAGAAGGCCAAGGACUUCAUAUCCAAGUGCGUCGCAGUUUGAGGGAUGUUUUUCGGAAAGUACCCACAUUUUCUCUGCAAGUUCAGAUUGGUUUAUUGCACGGUGUGAUGUCUGACAAAGAAUACAAUGUCAUCCUGAAUUGUUUAUCCAUGAACUUAUCCGAAGAACCUAGGCUUCCUCCAAGUUUUCGUGGCAGCACAUCUCCUUCAAAGGAUUGUAUACAGAUUGCCGCUGAUAAGGUCAAUUUACACAGUCAAACAAUCUUGUCCCGUACCGUUUCUAUUGUGGCAGUAGAAGUCAACCAUGCAUUGCUUGAGUUGCGUAAUGGUGUUGAUGAGGAAUCUCCUCUAGCUCACAUUGCUCUAGAAGGCCUUUGGGUAUCAUAUCGGUCAACCUCAUUGUACGAAACAGAUCUGUACGUAACUAUUCCCAAAUUUUCUGUAGUGGAUAUCCGUCCUGAUACAAAGCCCGAAAUGCGAUUGAUGCUUGGCUCUUCCUCUGAUGUUUCCAAACAAGUUAUAUAUGGCAUUUCUGGUUCUAGUGGAAAUUCUCUGAUAUCCUUUACUGAUGGUGACUCUUUGAGAGAGAGCUUAGAAGCUGCAACUGAUGCGGAUAUUCCAAAUUUGACCAUGCUAUUGAUGGAUUAUAGAGUACGGUCAUCUUCACAGUCGUUUGUGGUUCGCAUCCAGCAACCUCGUGUUCUUGUUGUCCUGGACUUUCUUCUUGCUGUUGGUGAGUUUUUUGUGCCUGCAUUAGGCACCAUAACAGGCAGGGAAGAGAUAUUGGAUCCUAAGAAUGAUCCAAUCACUAGGAAUAACAACAUCGUGCUUUGCACACCCAUCUAUAAACAGAGAGAUGAUUUGGUUCACCUGUCCCCUAAUAGGCAACUAAUUGUCGAUGGUUUUGGUAUUGAUGAGUUUACAUAUGAUGGCUGUGGAGGGACAAUCUGUUUAACCCAGGAUGUUGAUUUGAAAGAAAUUUCAUCUUCUGAGAUUCAACCUGUUAUUAUAAUUGGGCGUGGAAAGAUGUUGCGAUUCAAGAAUGUAAAAAUUGAGAAUGGUGCCCUUCUAAGGAAGUGUACCUACUUGAGUAAUGAUAGCAGCUAUUCAGUAUCAGAGGAGGAUGGCGUAGACAUUUCAUUGUUGGAGAAUUUUGCCUCUAAGAUCGAUCCAAUGAAUCUGAACCCUGUUCAAGGAUCCUCAGACUUCUUAACCGAUUCUCCUACAUAUAACAGCAGUGCUUUGACUCAGAUGCCAAGUGUUACUUUUGAAGCUCAGGUUGUGUCUCCGGAGUUUACCUUCUAUGAUAGUACAAAGCUGUCCUCGGAUGAUUUCUUACAUGGUGAAAAGCUCCUCCGUGCUAAACUAGAUCUGAGCUUUAUGUAUGCUGCAAAAGAAAACGAUACAUGGGUAAGGGCCCUUGUGAAGGAUCUCACUGUUGAGGCUGGUUCAGGUCUGGUUAUUCUUGAUCCAGUGGAUAUAUCAGGUGGAUACACUUCUGUCAAUGAUAAGACGAACAUAUCUGUGAUGUCCUCUGAUAUAUGUAUCCACCUUUCCUUGAGUGUUAUUUCUUUAGUACUACACUUGCAAAAUCAAGCAGCUGAAGCAUUACAAUUUGGAAAUGCAAAUCCACUGGCUUCUUGCACCAACUUUGAUCGACUUUGGGUAUCACAAAAAGAAAAUGGGUCUGGUUACAACCUCACCUUUUGGAGACCUCGAGCUCCAUCAAACUAUGCUAUAUUAGGUGACUGUGUGACGCCCAGGCCUGUCCCUCCUUCACAGACUGUAAUGGCAGUCAGCAAUAGCUAUGGGCGUAUUCGGAGGCCUGUUGGUUUCCAGCUCAUCGGUUUGUUCUCUAGCUUUCAAGGAUUCAAAGGGAAUGGAGACCAACCUGACGGUGAUAAUGAUUGCUCAAUUUGGCUUCCGAUUGCACCCGCAGGCUACUCAACAGUAGGAUGUGUGGUGAACAUAGGAAGCGACCCCCCUCCAAAUCACAUUGUUCAUUGCAUCCGUUCUGAUCUUGUAACAUCUGCAGGAAUUUCAGACUGCAUUUUUACUAUUCAACCAAAUCCCAGGUUUUCUAGUGGAUUUAGUAUCUGGCGUUUCGACAAUGCAAUUGGGUCAUUUUAUGCGCACACUGCAGUUGAGUGCCCCCCAAAGAUCAGUGGUUGUGACUUGCACCAGAUUCUUUUUAAAAAUCCAAGCCUGCAUCUUUCCUCCACCGACAAUGAAACCUCAGAUCCAUCUGUCAACAAUGGCCUUAUGAGUCAGCAAGGAAGCAGCCAUAGUAGUUCUUCUCGAUGGGAUGUUAUUAGAUCAAUCUCGAGAGCAAGUAGUUAUUAUAUGUCAACACCACAUUUUGAAAGAAUUUGGUGGGACAAGGGUUGUGAUCUCCGAAGACCAGUUUCAAUAUGGCGACCAGUACCGCGUCCCGGUUUCUCCAUACUUGGUGAUUGUAUCAUUGAAGGCUUAGAACCACCUGCUCUGGGCCUGGUGUUCAAAUGUGAUAGUUCUGGGAUUUCUGCCAAACCUGUGCAGUUCACAAAAGUAACCCAUAUAGCUGGGAAAGGUCUUGAUGAAGUUUUCUUCUGGUAUCCUAUUGCUCCCCCUGGUUAUGCUUCUCUUGGGUGCAUAGUAUCCAGAACAGAUGAAGCACCGCGCAUGGAUUUGUUUUGCUGUCCAAGGAUGGAUCUUGUCACUCAAGCAAACAUUUCUGAGGGUCCAAUUUCCAGGUCUUCUAGUUCAAAAGGUUCACACUGCUGGAGCAUCUGGAAAGUUGAAAAUCAGGCCUGCACUUUUCUUGCACGAUCGGAUCUGAAGAAACCAUCAAACCGUUUGGCAUAUAGUAUAGGUGAUUAUGUGAAGCCUAAGACACGUGAAAACAUAAGUGCUGAGAUGAAGUUACAAUGCUUCUCUCUCACUGUUCUGGACAGCUUAGGUGGAACGAUGACACCAUUACUUGACACGACUAUUACAAAUAUUAAUCUUGCCACUCAUGGUCAGCUGAAGUCAAUGAAUGCAGUAUUGAUCUCUUCGAUUGCUGCAUCCACAUUCAACACACAGCUAGAGGCAUGGGAGCCUCUUGUGGAGCCAUUUGAUGGAAUAUUCAAGUUUGAAACAUAUGAGACCGACAUAAAUCUUCAGUCAAGAGUGGGGAAGCGAGUGCGAAUUGCUGCCACAAGCACUCUAAAUCUCAACAUCAGCGCAGCAAAUCUUGAAACAUUCUCACAGUCUAUAAUUUCGUGGAGAAGACAGGAAGAACUUGAGCAGAAAUCAACAAAAGAAGCUGAUAGUCAUUUAAGAAGUACAGAUGAUACUACUUUUUCUGCAUUAGAAGAAGAAGACUUCCAGAAAGUGAUUGUAGAGAAUAAACUUGGUUGUGACAUCUAUCUGAUGAAAAUUGAGCAAAACUCUGAAACAAUUGAGCUGUUACAGCAUGGAGAAUGCGUUUCUGCAUGGUUACCACCUCCCCGGUUUUCAGAAAGGUUAAAUGUUGUGGCUGAUUCGAGGGAAGCACGAUGCUAUGUUGCCAUACAGAUAUUUGAGUCCAGGGGACUGCCUAUCCUGGAUGAUGGCAAUAGCCAUGAAUUCUUUUGUGCUCUACGACUGGUUGUUGAUAGCCAGCCAUCAGAUCAGCAAAAGCUUUUCCCACAGAGUGCAAGGACUCGAUGUGUUAAACCUUUGAUUUCUAAGAACAAGGACCUAGAUGAGGGCAUUGUGAAGUGGAAUGAACUCUUUGUAUUUGAAAUUCCCCGACAGGGGCUUGCAAAUUUGGAACUGGAAGUAACAAAUCUUGCAUCAAAAGCUGGGAAAGGUGAAGUCAUUGGUGCAUUUUCUAUUGAUAUUGGAAACUCUGUUGGUAAACUCAAACGAUUAGCUUCAGCGAGUAUGCUGCAUCAACCAAAUGAUGUGAAGAAUCUCUCGUCAUAUCCACUACAGAGAAGGGGCCGGUUGACUGCCGAUGAUGGCAGGAAAGAUUGUGGGUGUUUAUUAGUUUCUACCUCUUACUUUGAAAAGAAAACAAUUGUCAACUUCCAAAGGGAGAUGGAAAGUACAAAAGCCACUGAUAGUGGUGUGGGCUUCUGGGUAGGGCUUGACCCUGAGGGUCCUUGGGAGAGCUUUCGGUCGUUGCUACCACUAUCAGUAGUCCCUAAAACAUUAAAUGAAAAUUUCUUUGCCUUGGAGGUUAUCAUGAAGAAUGGAAGGAAGCAUGCUAUACUCAGGGGUCUUGCAGUAGUCGUAAACGAUGCAGAUGUUCCUUUGGAAGUUUCUGCCUGUCCCGCGUCUAUGCUCGAUAGUCAUGCUUUUCCAAUCUCAGAGACAAACAACUGCGCAGUAGUUACAGAGGAAAUCUUUGAGAACCAGAGGUAUCAACCAAUUUCUGGUUGGGGAAACAAAUGGCCCGGUUUUCGUGGUAAUGAUCCAGGACGAUGGAGUACGAGGGAUUUCUCCUACUCAUCCAAGGAUUUCUUCGAGCCCCCUCUCCCUGCGGGAUGGCAAUGGACAUCUCCAUGGACAAUAGAAAAGUCCAAGUUUGUGGAUGCUGAUGGUUGGGCAUAUGGAGCUGACUAUCAAAGUAUACAAUGGCCUCCAACUUCUACAAAAUCCCGCACAAAGUCAACUUUGGAUUUUGUUCGGCGAAGGCGUUGGGUACGCGCAAGACAGCAGGUACCUGAGACUAGCACCAAUAUCACGAGGAAUGUUUUUGCUGUCAUUGCACCAAAGUCAUCAGCAGUUUUACCUUGGAGGAGCACGGGUAGGGAUUCAGAUUUGUGCCUGCAAGUUCGUCCCUAUGUUGAAUAUCCUCAGAUCUCAUUUACAUGGGGACGUGCUGUCACUGUUGGUUAUGUGCACGGCAGUGGGAGUGACCAAUCACCCAUUGAACAGGGUUCUUUUUCUAGGCAAAAUACCAUGAAAUCCGGAACUAGUUCAAUGCCUAGUUUUAAGUUGAAUCAGCUUGAGAAGAAGGAUAUGCUCAUGUACUGCAAUCCCACUAUUGGCAGUAAACAAUAUGUCUGGCUCAGUGUUGGGACUGAUGCUUCAGUUCAUCACACUGAACUGAACUCUCCUGUUUAUGAUUGGAAAAUAUCAAUAAAUUCACCCAUCAAAUUGGAGAAUAGGCUUCCUUGUCAAGCAGACUAUGCCAUCUGGGAGAGAACAAAGGAAGGGAACAGAGUUGAGCGCCAACAUGGUAUUGUCACAUCUGGAAGCAGUGCUUUCGUUUAUUCAGCGGACAUUCAAAAAUCUAUUUACCUUACAUUGUUUCUUCAAGGCGGUUGGGUUCUGGAAAAGGACGCUAUUCCCAUUUUGGAUCUUUCAGCUCCUGACCAUGUCUCAUCCUUCUGGAUGGUCCACCAACAAAGUCAUAGGAGGUUGCGCGUGAGUAUUGAACGUGACUUGGGAGGAAGCAGUGCUGCGCCUAAAAGAAUUAGGUUAUUUGUUCCAUAUUGGAUUGUUAAUGAUUCACCAUUAUCAUUGGCAUAUCGAGUAGUUGAGGUCGAACCAGUAGAUAAUGCAGAGAAUGAUUCCCUCUUAAUCUCUAGAGCAGUCAAGUCUGCAAAGCUAGCCUUGAAACGGCCCACAAAUUCAACUGAUGGGAGAAAUCCUGGCUCAAGAAGAAACAUUCAAAUUCUAGAAACAAUGGAGGACAUAAGUCCAAUCCCUGUCAUGCUAUCUCCCCAAGACUAUAUAAGCCGGAGUGCGAAUUUUGCAUAUUCAUCUCAAAACGAUGCAUUUCUCUCCCCACGUGUGGGUAUUGCAGUUGCUGUUCGUCAUUCUGAACAUUACAGCCCAGGAAUUUCUCUCUUAGAGCUGGAAAAUAAGGAGCGAGUUGAUGUUAAGGCGUUCAAUUCAAAUGGAUCUUAUUACAAGCUUUCAGCAUUACUUACCAUGACAUCAAAUAGAACCAAGGUUGUUCAUUUUCAACCUCAGACUGUUUUUAUCAAUAGGAUGGGGCGCAAUCUAUCUUUGCAGCAAUGUGGCACCCAGUCAGUAGAAUGGUUGCAUCCCACUGAUUCUCCAAAAAUGUUUCUUUGGCAGUCUACUUCCAAAAGUGAAUUGUUGAAGCUGCGGGUGGAUGGUUUCAAAUGGAGUCUACCUUUUAGCAUUGAAAAUGAAGGAGUUAUGUGUGCUUCUUUGAAGAAUGAUGUGGGAAGUGAUCAGAUGUUUAUUAGAGUAGAAAUACGAAGUGGAACAAAAAGUUCACGCUAUGAAGUUGUUUUCCGCCCUGCUUCAUUUUCAAGCCCCUACAGGAUUGAAAACCGUUCCAUGUUUUUACCCUUAUGUUUUCGGCAAGCGGGUGGUACUGAUGAUUCGUGGCGAUCCCUUCCCCCUAAUGCUGCUGCUGCAUAUUUCUGGGAAGAUCUGGGUAGACAACGUCUUUUGGAAGUCUUUGUGGAUGGGACUGACCCCUUAAAAUCUCAGAAGUAUAAUAUUGAUCAGCUAUCUGACCAUGAACCCAUGCCUGUAUCUGGUAGACCUGUUAGGGCUCUACGUCUAACAAUUAUAAAAGAAGGAAAGAUGAAUGUUGUUAAGAUUACCGACUGGAUGCCAUCCAAUGAAACUGUAGCAAUUAUGCCUAGAAGAGUUCAAUUGGCUGUGUCUCAUCUCUCUGAUACUGAUUAUAAACAGUCGACAUCAGCUGCUGAGUGUGAAUUCCAUGUUAUUGUUGAGCUUGCAGAACUGGGUGUAUCCCUUAUUGAUCAUACACCAGAGGAGAUUCUGUAUCUGUCUCUUCAGAAUCUUCUACUAUCAUAUUCAACUGGCUUGGGUUCUGGAAUCAGUAGAUUCAAGUUACGGAUGCUUGGGAUACAAUUGGAUAAUCAACUACCAUUAACACCAAUGCCUGUUCUGUUUAGGCCACAGAGAUUCACAGGUCAGCUUGACUACAUCAUAAAGUUGUCUAUGACUAUGCAAUCAAAUGGAGCACUGGAUUUCUGUGUCUACCCAUAUAUUGGUUUCCAGGGUCCUGAGAACAUUGCAUUUUUGGUCAAUAUUCAUGAACCAAUUAUUUGGCGCCUUCAUGAGAUGAUCCAACAAGUCAGUCUCAGUAGGGUAUUUGAGGCUCCAACAACAGCUGUUUCUGUUGAUCCAAUUAUACAAAUCGGGCUUCUUAACAUCUCAGAAAUCCGAUUCAAAGUGACACUGGCUAUGUCGCCAACUCAACGACCAAGAGGCGUUCUUGGGUUCUGGUCAUCCUUGAUGACUGCAUUGGGGAACACUGAGAAUAUGCCAGUGAGGAUUAAUCAAAGGUUUAAUGCAGACGUAUGCAUGCGUCAAAGUGCUCUUAUUAGUACUGCUAUAGCAAAUAUUCAGAAGGAUCUUCUUAGUCGGCCUCUUCACCUGCUGUCUGGUCUUGACAUACUUGGUAAUGCAAGCAGUGCACUUGGACACAUAAGCAAAGGUGUUGCAGCGUUAUCAAUGGAUAAGAAAUUUAUUCAAAGCCGGCAGAGACAGGAAAACAAAGGCGUAGAGGACAUUGGUGACUUUAUUAGAGAGGGAGGUGGUGCUCUUGCAAAAGGGCUGUUUAGAGGGGUUACUGGCAUUUUAACAAAGCCGCUUGAAGGUGCAAAAUCUUCUGGUGUUGAGGGUUUUGUUCAGGGUGUUGGUAAAGGAAUUAUAGGUGCAGCAGCACAGCCUGUUAGUGGCGUCCUUGAUCUCUUGUCAAAAACUACUGAAGGUGCUAAUGCUGUGCGAAUGAAAAUAACAUCUGCUAUAACAUCAGAAGAACAAUUACUCCGCAGACGUCUGCCUCGAGUAAUCAGUGCAGAUAAUCUGCUUCGGCCUUAUGAUGACUACAGAGCCCAGGGACAGGCUAUCUUACAGCUGGCUGAAUCUGGUACAUUUUUUGGCCAAGUUGAUCUAUUUAAAGUCCGAGGGAAGUUUGCUUUGUCUGAUGCCUAUGAAGAUCACUUUCUACUGCCAAAAGGAAAAAUUGUAGUGGUGACCCAUCGAAGAGUUCUAUUGCUACAACAACCCCUAAACAUUAUGGCCCAAAGAAAGUUCAAUCCAGCAAGAGAUCCAUGUUCAGUACUGUGGGAUGUGCUAUGGAAUGACCUUGUCACAAUGGAACUGAUACAUGGAAAGAAAGACCACCCAAAAUCAUCACCUUCACAGCUUGUUUUGUACUUGCAAACGAGGUCAAUAGAAUCAAAGGAUUCUAUGUUUGUUAUCAAAUGCAACCGGGAAUCUCAACAGGCCACUGAAAUCUAUUCUUCAAUUGAACAAGCAAGGAAUGCUUUCGGACCAAACCAUUCAAAGGAAAUGCAGAAAAAUAAAGUGCCAAAACCAUAUUCUCCUCAUAGCAGUGGCAUCUUUUCUGAAGUAGAUCCAAAAGACUCUGGCAUUUGGGAUGCCCCAGUAGCACCAGAAGCGGUUCCUUUAAGCUCAACUUUUGGUACAGAACUCACGCAACCUCAAAUUGAGCUAGAGAGCCACCAACAAUGAAUAUUACCAAACGUUCAUUGCAACUCCUAACUAUUAAGUGCUGCUCAUAAAGUCUUGUUGCAUUAGAGAUGUGCAGCAGAGGUGAUCUUUCUGGCCACACAUGAAAGGAAUUGGGAUCAUCUACCAAGGUAACUACCCAGAAUGAGUAAUGUCAGGGAAUGGUCGGAAGACUUGAAAGACCUGUAUCGAUAAGGCCACAGCAUUGUAAAUCUCUUAAAGGAGUUUCCUGAGCCUUUAUUGAAAUCAUGGCUUACAUAUUUGUGUAUAUACCAAAACUAACCCUGUAAAUAGCACCUCCAUCCACCCAGCUGCACCAUCAGCUCCCCACAUUGCUUUUUUGCCAUUCAUUGUAAAUGGUCUCAUGCCGGAUCUGUUUUCAGAAACAUUCUAUGGUGUGAUUCAUAUUAUGGUCAGAAUUAGUUCA